AUGGCUUCUCCUCGAGAUUCAUCACGUGAUGAUACUGCCCUCCAUGAUGCCUGCAGGCUGGGAAAAUUCGACAAGGUGAGACAACUCCUGUUUGAGGGUCGAGUUGACAUCAACAGCAGGAACCGCGGGAGGACACCUGUACUGAAGGCAGCCUACAAGGGCCACAGAGACGUGCUGGACCUCCUGGUCAGUAAAGGAUGUGACGUGUCACUGCCAGAUGACGACGGUAACAACAUCCUUCACGUGGCCUGUAUGGUGGAUGGUGACGGCAACAACAUCCUUCAUCUGGCUUGUAUUAGGCAGCAUAUGACGAUAGUGAAGGAUAUCCUCUCACACGACAUCAUCGACGUCAAUAAUAGAGAACAGAGUGGACGGACGCCGCUGAUGUUGGCGGCAACGAAGGGACAUCACGAGGUGUUUGAUUUGCUUGUCAACAAAGGAGCCGUUAUGGCACUAGUGGAUGACGACGGUAACAACAUACUUCACCUUGCCUGUUUUGGAAGAAACGUGAAGAUUGUGAACUUCGUUGUCUCUAAGAACAUAGUGGACGUGAACAGCAGGGGAGAGCACGGGAGGACGCCCCUGAUGUUGGCGGCAAUGAGGGGACACAGAGAUGUCCUUGACCUUCUUGUGAGUGUAGGUGGCACUGUGGGGCUAUUGGAUCACCAUGGUAACAACAUCCUCCAUUUGGCCUGUAUCGGGGGACUGUUAGAGAUGGUCAAGCAUGUCCUUUCACAUUACAUUGCGGACAUCAAAAGUAUGGGACAGAACGGGAUGACCCCAGCCAUGUUAGCUACGUGUUUCGAUCAUGAAGACGUGUACCACUUACUCGUGAACAGAGGAGCGAGAAAAUCUGUUUCAGAUGACAUUUACACAACUAGAGAUGUUAAGUGUUGA